AUGUCUCCGUCUCUUAACGUAGACCAACUUCUGAGCGAACUUACGCUUGAGGAGAAGGUCGAGCUCCUCUCGGGCCGAGACACCUGGUCGACCCAUCCUGUGGAACGUCUCAAUAUCCCAUCCAUCACGACAACAGAUGGACCACAUGGAGCUCGAGGCACCUCCUUUUUCAACGGCCAUCGAGGUGUCCUGCUUCCCUCGGCAACGGCCAUGGGGGCAACCUUUGACACAAAGUUGAUGCGACACGUCGGCAACAUGCUGGCUGCCGAGACGAAGGAGAAAGGCUGUCAGGUUCUGCUCGCGCCGACAGUCUGUCUUCAGCGAUCGCCACUUAUCGGUCGUGGGUUUGAAGCCUUUGGCGAAGAUCCGAUCCUUAGCGGCCUCAUGGCUUCGGAGUACAUCAAUGGUGUCCAGGAGGACGGGGUUGCUGUCUCCCUCAAGCACUAUGCGGCGCACGACCAGUCUUCUGAAUCCUUGGAAGAUGGAAUUCGUGCUUCUUCAAGGACUCUACGCGAGACCCAUCUUCUACCCUUCCAGCUAGCUGUCAAGCACGCCAAUCCAUGGUCAAUCAUGAGUUCAUAUCACAGGAUCAAUGGUACCCUCACUUCGGAAGAUCCAUGGCUAAACACACAGCUUCUGCGCCAGGAAUGGGGGUGGAAUGGCCUCCUUAUGAGCGACUGGUUUGGUACUUAUAGUACUGCGGAAGCGAUCAACGCUGGCCUGGACCUGGAGAUGCCAGGCCCUACAAGGUGGAGAGGAGAGCUUCUGCAUUGGUCUAUCAGGUGCCGCAAGGUGAAGAAAUCUACACUGGAUGAGCGAGUUCGAAAUCUGCUGCACCUGGUGAACAAGGUGCGGCCAGCCCUUGAUUACCAGAAGCAGGGUGACAAGACGCAGUUCGGGGAUACCCCUAAGAAGCGGGAGCUCUGUCGAGAAGUGGCCCGCAGCUCUGUAGUUCUCCUCAAGAACGAUUACAACACACUGCCCCUCGACCCAUCCGCGCAGCAAACGUACGGCCUGAUCGGUCCUGGCUUCGCGAACCCUGCCAUCAGUGGCGGCGGUUCGGCUGACCUUAUUCCGUACUACGUCUGCAAGCCGCUGGAAGCUAUUCAACAAAUCGUCGGCAAAGAACGCAUCAGGACGGCAGUUGGUUGUCAUUCUCACCUCUUUACACCCCUCCUGUCCGAGAACAUCACCAUCCCAGAAACACAACAGGCAGGAUAUGAACUGCAUUGGUAUGGAGAAGACCCGGAAGCCAAUCCUGAAGUGAAACCGCUUCACUCUACGACCACGACCCAAGCCCAGAUGUACUUUGCAGACAAUCUUCCCUCUAACGUCCCUGGAGCAUACUGGCUUCGUGUCAACACAACAUGGAAGGCACCAAAGACUUCAACUAUGAAGUUUGGCCUCUGUGUGCUAGGCAAGGGCCGCCUCUAUAUCGAUGGCAGACAGGUCAUCGAUCUUUGGACCAGCCACCCAGGGAAGACGCUCCAGACACCCAUGUUUAAUAGUGCAAGCAUGGAGGUCACAGCUGAGCUGGAGGCAGAGGCGGGAAACACAUACCAGAUUUCUGUUCUCCUAAAGAAUGAAGGUAUCACAGCUGGCUGCGGGGCUCUAAAUGCUGGUGGCCUCCGGAUCGGCUUCUGCGAGAAGAUUGACCCAGCCGCGGCGCUUGCCGAGGCAGUCGAACUAGCAAGACAGGUUGAUGUUCCAAUUGUCAUAGCCGGUCUAAACGCCGAUUACGAGAGUGAGGCGGUGGACAGAAAGGACCUCAGGCUACCCCCUGGUGUUGACGAGUUAAUCGAGAGGGUUGCGAAAGCGAACCCUAGAACUAUUAUAGUCAACCAAUCCGGCUGUCCGGUAACGAUGCCUUGGUUGAAGUGUGUGCCGACCCUAAUCCAUGCCUGGUUUGGGGGUCAGGAAACAGGAAACGGUAUCGCCGAUGUGCUCUUUGGUCGCUACAACCCCAGUGGUCGCCUAUCAGUCACGUUCCCCCGUCGUUUAGAAGACACGCCGGCCUUUCUCAGUUACGGCAAGGGGCUUCGGGAGAUGUACUACGGCGAGGGCGUAUUCAUUGGCUAUAGGUACUGCGAGAAGCUCCAGAACGAUCCGCUUUUCUCCUUUGGCUACGGGCUAUCCUACACGACCUUUGAGUACUCCAACCUGAAGGUGCCGGCCAGAGUUGAGCUGGGAGAUCAAGGGCACGGAACCUUCAUGGUGUCGGUCGACGUCACCAACACAGGUGACAAAGACGGCCAUGAGAUCGUCCAGCUGUACAUCUCUAAUGUGGAGUGUGCCGCCCUGCGGCCACGUAAGGAACUCAAGGGGUUCGCAAAGAUUUGGAUGGCAAAAGGCGACACGGCCACGGCGGAGAUUCAUCUGGAUAAGUAUGCUUUGUCACACUGGGAUGAGGAGGAGGAGAAGUGGCAUGCCGAGAGGGGGGUUUUCAAGGUCAUCAUCUCGCGAAGCGCGGAUCCUAGAGACGAAGUUUUGGACAGGGACUUUGAACUAGAGAGAAGCUUGUACUGGACAGGAGUGUAG